AUGGACGCUCCCUCCAGCUCAACUUCCAACUCCUCGGCUCAGCAGUCUCCUUCUGUACAGAUGGUCCCUCAACCCGCUCCCGCUCAGGGCAACGGUCCUUCAACCGACGCCUUUCUCCAAGACUUCACACUCAUUGCCGAGGCUGCCAAGCGGGCGCAAAUGGCCAUCAUGAUACGCGACUUUGAAGAGUGUGGCCUGUAG